AUGCAGCUUAGAUUCCCUUGGGAGGAAAGCGAUUUGAAGGAUGAAAUCCCUCAAAUGGCUGAGAUGGAGCAGGAAGAACGCGAACAAUGUUUGAAAACCUUUCAAGGGAGAUUGGCUUUCCUGGAGUCUCUCCUCUUAACAGAUUACAUGCUUUGUAAGGUUUUGAUGAACUACAGGAUCUUUCACUUGAUGCUAUGCGCCCACAGUUUCCGGCCUUAACAUCAUAAAGAGAGGAGUGCAGUACUGGCUUUCAAAUGGUGUUAUAGACAAAGACGAGCUCGAGGAAAGGCUGAAGCAGAUGCCGUGGUUCAAA